UUUUACUAUGAUCUUGCUACGAAUUUUUAAAAGGAAAAAGUGAGAAUCAUUAGAGUUUGCGUCUUCAAUGGCUGUCACCGAAGAGCCGAUACUUUCAAGAUUAGACCGUUUGGACAACAUGUUGAGGGAGCUUGAAGAAAUUAGAGGCAGCUGCAACAGAUCACCAAAAAGCUCAUUUGAAUCGACCCCAUCAAGUGGGACCCGUACAAGUGAAGGACAAAUCUCAUCCAUUGAUUAUAAUUCCCCAAGGAGUACUUUAGAAAAGCACUGUCGUCCUAUCAACCGUGUGAUUAUGGAGACUGAAACUAAAGGCACACUAGUUGAAAGACUUGAUCAUGUAGAGGAACGUUUACUAAAGCUUUGCAUCCAGCUGGAGGAAGAACUUGAAGCUGAGAAGAAAAGAGAAGAGAAGAGUGAGAAAAGAGAGAAGAAGGGAUUAAAAGGAAUUAUGAAAACCAUGGUUAAUAAAGGAAAGAAGAACCCUAAUAAAGCAAAGGAGUGAUUUUUUUUUUAUUUGAAUAAUAUUCUCAUUUCUAUUAUCUUUUAAUUUCUUUUAAAUUAGGUUUUGGACUUUUUGUAUAGUUUUGGUUUUGAUGUUUUUUUAUUUAAUUUUGUUUAAUAUAUAAUAUGUGAAUUUUGGAGGGUUGCCUUGAGAAAAUGAAGUGAUUUGAGCAGUAGACUUUUGUCUUUCUCAAUUUCUUCAAAAACAAUGCCAAUUUUUCUAAAAUUUUGUUGA